AGGGCGGAUAUCACCGGUCAGAUCAGCCAAACCCGAGGGGAGAGAUACUAAUAGGCGGCGACUCAAUAGUUAUGGGUUACUAUAAACUGCCCGAACAAACACAGGAGGCGUUCAAAGUGGACGAUCGGGGCGUCCGUUGGUUUUAUACGGGAGAUAUCGGAGAGAUGUUCGCCGACGGGACCUUCAAAAUCAUUGACCGCCGAAAAGAUUUGCUUAAAUUACAAAACGGUGAAUACAUUUCGCUCGGAAAAAUCGAGGCGCUGAUGAAGUCGUGCCAAUACGUGGACAACAUCUGCGUGUGUGGCGGCACUUAUAGCAAUGAGUUGACAGCACUCGUCAGCCCUAACCACAGGAAUCUCCAGAAACUGUCGCAAGAGUUGGGCCUAAAAGACGCACAAAUCGGUGAUCUUUGCCGAAACGUCGACGUUUGCAAACGGGUCUACGCGGCGAUCGUACAGACGGGACAGUCGGCAGGCAUUAGCAAAAAGGAGAUACCGGUGCGGAUACGGCUGGUGCCCGACGAGUGGACGCCAGACAACGAUAUGUUGACCGCAGCCAUGAAAAUGAAGCGCAAGAAUGUCGAGAAACGGUAUCAGAAAGAAAUCGAUGGUCUCUUCGCCGCCAAUGAUUUACUCAGUAUUAAUAAUAACAAUAAUAAUACCAUUAAAUUAGACAAUAGGGUCUAAAAACAAGACAUUAAAAACCGUUUAAAAUACAAUCGCAUUGUCUGUGUAUUCAUUGGGGGUUUUUUAUCAAACAUUUUGUUUUUUGCUCAAAAUAAUUGCAUUUUUAUUAUCUUAACUCUAAUUUAAUUUGAUUUUACGGCCACUAAAUCCGAAAUGACUUUUUUAGUUUUAAUAUUAUCAAAAUUCUUCAACAAACUAUUCAUAACUAAUGUAUUUUUAUAUAUAUAAUAUAAGCAUAACUUGAUUUUACUACUGAAAGAGUUUAUAAUAAUUGAGUUUUAAUGUGCAAUAAAAUCAAUUAAUUAUUUA